AACUUUGUCUCCAGCUCCCGGCGGCGCUCGCCCUGGGCUUCCAACCCGUAGUAGAGUUGGCCCAGGCCCCGCCUCCUUCGCUGUGUUGUCAAACGGGCCGGGGUCUCGGAUUGGUCCAGACUCCGGGGACAACACCUGCUCGACUCCUUCAUUCAAGUGACACCGGACCGGAGCUUCCAGGGAUAUUUGAGGCACCAUCCCCGCUGUCGCCCGGGCACUCCCGGCGCUGCUAACGGCGCGGUCACAUGCUCUCCGGAGAGCUACGGGAGGGCGCUGGGUAACCUCUAUCCGUGCACGGCCUCGACGAGGAGGAGGAGGAAGAAGGAAAAGGCGAUCCCGGAGGAAGAGUGGGAGGAGGAGGAGGGGAAACGGAGGUGGAAGAGGAGGAGGAGGAGGAGAGCACAAAGAAUCCAGGUCUCCCCUCUCCAGCGGGGAGCUUGAUACCCAGAAACCAUGUGUGCUGAUCGGCUGGGCCAGUUCGUGACCCUGGCUUUGGUGUUUGCCACCUUGGACCCCGCGCGUGGGGCCGACGCCACCAACCCUCCUGAAGGUCCCCAAGACAGAGGCUCCCAGCAGAAAGGCCGCCUGUCCCUGCAGAACACAGCUGAGAUCCAGCACUGUUUGGUCACCGCUGGCGAUGUGGGCUGUGGCGUGUUCGAAUGUUUCGAGAACAACUCUUGCGAGAUCCGGGGCCUGCAUGGGAUUUGCAUGACUUUCCUCCACAACGCUGGCAAGUUUGAUGCCCAGGGCAAGUCAUUCAUCAAGGAUUCCCUGAGAUGCAAGGCCCACGCCCUGAGACACAGAUUCGGCUGCAUAAGCCGGAAGUGCCCUGCCAUUAAGGAAAUGGUGUUCCAGUUGCAGCGGGAAUGCUACCUCAAGCACGACCUGUGCUCGGCGGCGCAGGAGAACAUCCGGGUGAUCCUAGAGAUGAUACAUUUCAAGGACCUGCUGCUGCACGAACCUUAUGUGGACCUUGUGAACCUGCUGCUGACCUGUGGAGAGGAGGUGAAGGAGGCCAUCACCCACAGCGUGCAAGUUCAGUGUGAACAGAACUGGGGCGGCCUCUGCUCCAUCCUGAGUUUCUGUACCUCCAAUAUCCAAAAGCCCCCCACUCCGGCCCCCGAACACCAGCAUUUGGCAGACAAAGCCAAGCUCUCCAGGACCCACCACAGGGAUACAGGCCACCACCUCGCGGAGCCCAACAGCAAGGAGGCCGGUAGGGACAUCAAGGGUGAGCGGAGGAACAAAAGCCAUCCAAAUGUCCACGGCCAGGGCAGAGCGGGUGGCCAGGGCAGUCAAGGCCCAUCGGGAAGCAGUGAGUGGGAAGACGAACAGACGGGGUAUUCCGACAUCCGGAGGUGAGAUGAAAACCCAGCCAUGAAAUCUUUCCUCUGAGAUGUCCAUUUUCUCAGCUAUGGACGUUCCAAAACAUUGACGUUAUCGAGGGGGGAUGUCACACACAGGAUUUUGUGGGGGACUGUGGACUUCGUGCAGGUGUACGAGCAGGUGAGGUGGAGACGCCUGGAGUGUGGACGGGCUCUUACAUUACAUAUUCUUACUCCGGGGAGCCACUGUGACCUCCUUGUCACUUUUGUCUCUUUCAUCUGUGGAGCCAGUGGGUGGUGGGGCUGAGGUACACUCUGUUAAGGGGGAGGUGAGGCAGGGAGGGGCAAGGCAUGCCAGCAGCCCACCCAGGCUGGACCACGCAUAGGUGCUAGGCCUUGCCCCCCACACCCCCUCCCUGCCCGGCUUCUGGCGCAGUCUGCACAGGGGACAGGGCCACCGUGCUCCUCCAGGACAGGAGCAAACAGGACAUGUGGCUGACAUGAGAGAAGAAGGGUGGAAUCCUAGGAGGCAGGGGCCACAGUGGUGCUUUGUGCCAAACUGAAAUUCAGCAUCAUGCACGGGACCUUGCAGUUCAGAGCAGCUUGAGAGGACAC